AUGAGAAUUCUUUUUGCGAUUUUAAGUGUUCUUGCCGUCGUCGGCGCUCAGAAGACGUCAGCACCUGGCGGCCACGUAUGCAACUACCCAGUUACGGGCGAUGAGUCCAUGCAGCAAGCGGUGCCAAUUGAGAACUUCCGAACAUCCGGACUCGAUUUCAUCAGAAAGAACUGGUGCGUCACCCAUUGCGCUGAUCGUAAAUCCGUCAAAACCGAGGUCAACUUCCUUCCAGCCAAUUCCUCGUCGCCAAUUUUCGACGUUCGUCAUGUCGUUGCCAAAAACGGACAACACUCGAUUCACGCCGAUCUCAAGUCGGGAGCCGCAAUUAAGAAGAGAGACGACGACGAUUUCAACUUCUGCAUCGACGACGCCGUUUCCGACGCGGUCGAUCGUGCCAUUCAAGAUUUCGACAACCUUGAGGAUAUGAGCGAAGCGCUCAACUACUACGUCAACAAGCCAGGAUGGGCGUUCAUGCUUUAUGACAUGGGAAAACCGCCAAGUGUUAUUAUUACCGUCAAUGUCAAACAGGACAUGAACUAUUGUAGCAAGGUGGUCGACAAGCAACUUGAUGAUGGCACCUGGAAAUUGUAUCAAGUUUUCGCCGGCGUCGUUCAACCAGAGGAUGAUUAA